AUGAAACUUCAAUGGUAUACAGGUUCUAAUUCAAAAAAGUCUGAUGCCGAGACAGAAAAAGAAGUAGGCAGAGAUGCUGUUGCAGAGGAACCAAUCACGGGUGAAGAAGGCACAAAUUCAAUAGAAAUAACGGUGAAUCAAGGCACUGUUCCAAUGGAAACAAAAACAGUUAAAGAAAACCUCAUGUACGAGGGGUAUCUGUUACGUAAAGAUCUUAUAACGGGGCAAGGGUCACGUGCACAAUCUAUUUUAGAAAGAGAUGAACGCUUUCUAGGAUUCGUAAUGAUGAAUGAUGGUAGCACGAUCCUUCAUCUUGCUGUUGAAGCAGGUCAAAAUGAUUUCGUUAAAAAAUUGUUUUCUUCUCUAACUGACGAACAAGUACUUCAACAGAGAGAGAAUGAUGGAAGCACAGCGCUUCACAUUGCUUCGAUUGUUGGGAAUAAACAUGCAGCUGAGCUCUUGGUUAAAAAGAACAAGGAGUUGUUACGAAUUAAAGACCAUAAGGGUAAAGAACCAUUGCAUAAAGCAUAUGAACAUAUGCAUCUUGAUAUCAUUGGAUAUUUGUUGAACGCUGUUAAUGAUGAUGCCAGUGCCGAGUUGCAGUCUUCUCCAACUGGCUCUGUUCACCCUGAUGAUGAAAUCGGGGGUGGCCUUCUUGUUAAUGCUAUUUCGGCAAAACAAUACACUAAGUAG